AUGCCCGAAGCCGAUUCCUAUGUCCGUGACCGCCUCGCGGUCGUACGCACCAAGCUCGCCAACGAGCGGACGCUGCUGGCGUAUCUGCGCACGGCGUUGAUGCUCAUCGCCUCGGGCGUCACCCUCUGGCGAUUCCAUCCCACAGGCGACCUCGACCGCGCAAUCGGCUGGGGCGCCAUCGCGGCGGGAAUCGUCGUGCUGGCGAUCGGCGCGGCAAGGUUCUACCGCACGCACGGCGCCAUUCGCGCCGUGGAGACGCCUGCCCUCGCCGCCGACCGUGACGCCGCCAUCGCUUGGCUGAUGGGCCGCGUCAAUUAUGAACGGGCCGCCGUUGUGCCGCCGGCCGAGGAGGCUUUCAAGCUCGACCGCAUCCGUGAACUGCUGCGGCGGCUCGGCGAGCCGCACACGGCGCUCAGGAUCGUCCACGUUGCGGGGACCAAGGGCAAAGGCUCCACGUCGGCGAUGAUCGCCGCCGCCUGCGAAGCCGCCGGCCUGCGGACGGGCCUCUACACGUCGCCGCAUCUUGAGAAGCUCGAAGAACGCUUCACUGUCGGCGGCCAACCCUGCACGGCGGCGGAGCUUGUCGCGCUCGUCGAACGGGUCCGGCCGAUCGCCGAGGCGAUGCAGCGCGAACCCGUUGGGGGGCCGACGUUCUUCGACCUGACGACGGCGAUGGCGCUUCUGCACUUCGCCGAUCGUCGGACGGACGCGGUCGUGCUCGAGGUCGGUCUCGGCGGGCGGCUCGACUCCACGAACGUCGUCACGCCCGCCCUGUCGGUCAUUACGAGCAUCAGCCUCGAGCACACGGCCCUACUCGGAGCGACGCGCGACAAGAUCGCUUACGAGAAGGCGGGCAUCCUCAAACCGGGCGUCCCCGCGGUGAGCGGCGUCGCCGACGCCGAAGCGGGCGACGUCAUCGAGCAGAUUUCAGCGGAGCGAGGCUGUCCCUUCUGGCGCCGUGGGCGCGACUUUGACAUUGAAACCGCUGAAGACGAUUGGCGAUUUACCCGCCGCUGCGAGAACGGUUCGAGCGAGGUGAUCGAAGGCGUCAUCCCCGCCCUGCCGGGCCGGGCUCAGACAGAGAACGCCAGUGUCGCACUCGCGGCGCUGGGCGUGCUUGCCGAUCAGGGCUGGGCGCUGCCGAUCGAUGCGCGGCGACUCGGCAUCAACACCGGACGGCUACCAGCGCGGAUGGAGCGCAUAGCGGGCGAUCCGCUCGUCAUCAUCGACGGAGCCCACAACGACGCGUCGGCUCGGGCGCUGGCCGAGGCGCUCGACGAACUCUGCUGCUUAGAGAG